AUGCAACAGGGACCGCAGUACGUGCAGUACGCCAUCUACUCGCAGCAGCCGACGGUGAAGCCGUACCCCGCAGUGACCCCCGUGUCCCCAGAGACGAGAAAUAUGCUCAACCUCCUUAAAAGCCUCUUAAAGCCAGAGUUGCGUGAGAAGGCCAUUUAUGAGCUGGCCAAGCACCGCGAAAAGUUUCAGCAACUCGGACCCUUCUUGUGGUACAGCGUGGGCACCAUGGCGAUCCUGCUGCAUGAGGUCAUCUCUGUCUAUCCACUCCUCCACACCCCGGAGCUGCUUUCGAAGUCGACGACUAGCCGUGUGGGCAGCGUCCUCACGCUUCUUCAGAGCGUUGCCUACGAUGAUUCGACCCGCAAGUUGUUUCUGGACGCCCACUUCUGCCUCUUUCUCUACCCCUUCCUUCGUGGGACGACCGCUGGCACGGGCAACGUGACGGAGGGCCUUCGCCUGACUUCACUUGGCGUGAUUGGCGCCCUGGUCAAGGCGGACGACAACGACGUGAUGCACUAUCUGCUUAGCACUGAGAUCUUCCCGCUCUGUCUCAAGAUCAUGGAGUACAGCCCCGAGCUCUCACGGACGCUCGCCACCUUCAUUGUGCAGAAGCUCCUGCUCUCGGACCUUGGCCUGCAGUACGUCUGCCAGACACCGGAACGGUUUAGGGCCGUCGCAACGGUCCUGCAGAACAUGGUGGGGUCGAAGGACUGCACGGCGCGCCUCCUGCGGUACAUUAUCCGCUGCUACCUGCGCCUUUCCGAGAAUCCGCGUGCCCGCGACGCACUUUCCCAGUGCCUGCCGGAGGUGCUCCGCAACGACACGUACAAGCAGGCCCUCGAAGGCAGCCCUAAUAUUAAAAAGUGGCUGCUGCAACUUCUUGUGAACAUUGGCGACGAGGGGGCGAAAAAAAUUCUAGAGGGCAACAUGAAUGCUUAG